ACGACCCAGCCCGACGCCCUUCCCGGCUCGCAGGAGAGCUACGUCUCCGCGUCGAGCACCGCGAGCACCGCGCCGCGUCUGCCCUCCCUGGGGAGCAACCUUUCCACCGAGUCGGUCGCUGACUCCGACCUGACCUCGCCUGCGACGUCAAAUGCCUCUCACGCUCAGCCCAAGCCUUCUUCGCAGGUCAACCACGGCCCCGGAACUCCUGUCGCUCACGACCCGGCGCGCGUAGCGAGACCUAUUACCCCUCAACCGGACACCGCCCCGAGGGAUGCCGUCGCCAACGCGUCCGCCAUCACCAGCCCCAUGUCCGUCGACACGCCAACCCUGACACAAGGCUCGAAAAGGACGGCCAGUGGGACCGUGAAGCAUGCCACUGUCGGCUCUCAGGGGAAGACGGGGUUGCUGAGCGGCCUCCACUCGAGGACCACUAGCUCCGACUCCAACGUGAGCAGAAUUGGGCAGUUGUCCGCAGAACUGAAGACACGCCUCUCUUACGCGAUGGUGAAAGUCCAGAAUGGCUGGGAGCAAAAGUCGAUUGACGAGCUAGAGACAGUGGCAUCUCAAAGAACUUCGCCAUCUUUGCAAACGUCUGCCCCAAGGCAGUCCAGAAGCACGACAGUCUCGCCACGUUCAUAUCAUCGUCCAAGGCGGUCGAGCGGCUUCUCUCCGUCGUCCGACCCGUACCCGGUCCCAUUAGCCGCCGGGCACAGCAGCCCUUCGACCUUUUCUCGUGCACUGGGACAAUACUCAAGUAACAUGGUGGCUCCUGAGAUUCACAUACGCCCCUCAACCGCGUCGACUGUUAGCAGCACUGCAUCUUCAACGCUUAGUCUGGCAGCGCCUGUAGAAAUCGUUCCGCGUCGUCACCGCCGCUCGAGCUCGAAUCGUGCACCACCUAUGCUCUCUGCGCAAGGAGUAUCGAGACCCUUUACAGAUGCCGGCGUGCCUUCUACGCCUACAGGAAAGUCACGACCCGCAGGCAUUCUCAGACUCCCGAGUCAACAAGCGGAAAUGGACGCAGUGGAUUCGUUGUUGUUCAUGAGCAGCCCGAAUAACUCGGCCCAUUUCGCCCACACCAGUGCCAACUCGACGGCGCAACCGAGUCCUCUUCGUUCAGAGUUUGCUUCGGCAAGAAAAGUCGCUUUCGACGACCGCAGC